AUGUUUAAUUCAUACUAGUAUGAAAAAUAACUUGCCUUAACUAAAGACAUAGACAAAAUAAAAAAAGGAUACUUGAGGGAACGAGAAGUUCGUAAAGGUAUAAAUAUUAUUUAUAAUUCAAGAAAAUAAUAAUCGAUUAGCAUAGAAUUAUAAAAAAAGAGUUGAAAAUUUUGUUAUAAAUAUGCUUGAAAAUCCUGUUGUUUGUGUUGAUUAUCAAUAACCUAAUCAAUCAGCCUUUAGAGAUGAAGAUCCUUCUAAGAAUUUAGGAGAUCCAUAAUUUUAUGUUAAAGGUUUCAAACAUGAAAAAGAUCGUAUUCAAGAAGCUUUAGAUAAAAACAAAGAUCUUGACUUUCUUCCAAAUAGAUAAGUUGCUCAUUAUUGUUUUAGAGAAAGAGAUCCUACUAAAGACAUCAAACGUGAUAUAUUUAGAUAUAGAGAUAAAACUAGUUUAGAAAGAAUUGAACAGUUUCUCCAAGAUCAUACUCAAACUCAAGUAGAAAAUUAGAAAUUCCCAAAAAAGAAAUUAACUAAUCUUGAAAAUCUGUCUGAUAAUAUGACAUCUUUAGAUCGCAAGGCUUAUAUUAGUAGAUUAGUGGCUAAAAAUCUAUUGCCAUCUCUUCAUCAAAAAACACAUUUUCAAGCUGCUUCUACUUUGUAUAAUAAUUUACCAUGUAUUUUAAUUUCUCUCUAUUUUUUAGUAUCUCUUAUGGAUCAUUCAAGAUCAUUACCAUAAUUAAAAUAAUUAGAAACUGAAGAAAAAAGUAAUCAAUUAUAUUUUAUUUAGAAUCUUAAUAAUAAUAAUAGAGAGAAGUCUAAAAAACAGAAGAAAAUGAAAUCAAAGAUAAUAAGGCUAAAUAAAACAAUGAAAUGGAAACAUUCAAUCCGAUUGAAACCUCUAAAAUCAUAUUAGAAAGAUGUUAAGUUAUCAGAAACAAAAAUCCUAAAACUCAUGUUAUUCAUAAAGGUGAAGGUCAUCUCAUUUCUACACUUGAUAAAUCUAUUUAGGAGGUUUAUAAAGAAAUUUAUGGAAUAGAUUUCAAUGAACCUAAGUUUUUUCAAAAGUGAAUAUAAAAAUUAAAU